AUGAAGCCAGUUAUUCACGAGAACCCUUCACUGAUCAAUGCUGAGAUAGCAGGUAGUACUAUAGAAGGUCGAUAUCUCACUCCUCAGCCUCUAAAAAUAACAUCAAAUCUAUCAGUAAUGAGUUAUGAUCUCAAUGGCAAGUGUGAUUACCAUAUGAGGGUAAUUGACCACUCAACUGAAAAAUACAGACAGUUAAAAGAAAAGAUUGAAGAUCUUAUCAAGAAUGACAUUCUGACUCCGGAGGGAAAUGUUUCCACCAAUGUCUCUGCCGACGGCUGUGAUUUGUUUAAAGGUGUGUGGGUUUUUGAUCCAUCUUACCCUCUCUACUCUGCCUCUGCUUGCCCUUUCAUUGAAAGAGAGUUCACUUGCCAAAAAAAUGGACGCCAAGAUCUGCUUUACACUCAAUACCGAUGGUAUUGUCUCCAAUUGAUAGGGAAAGAAAGGUUAUGGGAGCUGACUUUUGCUAUGCCAGUUCAAUUUAAUGCAUCGGAGUUCCUAGAAAAGUUUAGAGGGAAGAGCAUAAUAUUUGUGGGAGACUCUUUAAGUCGAAAUCAAUGGCAAUCAUUGACAUGCAUGAUUCACUCAGAAAUUCCUAGUGCCAAAUUCAACAUCACUAGAGUUGGAGAUAUCUCCAUAUUUACAAAUGAGCUAAACUUAGGAGCUAAACUUGCAAGUGAUGAAGUGGAGGCUUUGAAAAGCAUAGGUAAGACUUUGGGGAAGACAAACUGGAACUUUGAUAUUGAUCCGUGCAGUGGACACCAGAGUUGGGAAGAAACCGUAGAACCCAAAUCUAAUUAUGCUAAUAAUGUUACCUGUGAUUGCUCCUUCGACCAUAACAACACCUGCCAUGUCGUCCACAUAUUGCUUAAGAAACAGAGUCUCCCAGGCACUCUCCCAAAAGAAUUGGUCAAGCUCCCUUACUUCCAAGAAAUUGACCUCAGCCGCAACUUCCUUAAUGGCACAAUACCUCCAGAGUGGGGUUCCAUGCAACUUGUCAACAUUUCUAUUCUUGGAAAUAGCUUAACAGGUCCAAUCCCAAAAGAGCUAGGAAAUAUAAGUACUCUUAUGAGCAUAUCAGCUGAGUUCAAUCAGCUUUCUGGAGCUUCGCCUCCAGAGCUUGGGAAUCUACCCCAAAUUGAAAGAAUGCUUUUUAGCUCUAACAAUUUUACUGAGAAAGUAUCUCAAACAUUUGCUAAGCUGACCACAUUGAAGGACUUUCGGAUUAGUGAUAACCACUUCACAGGGGAAAUCCCUAACUUCAUCCAUAAUUGGACAAACCUUGAAACUUUCUAAAUGAAAUGUUGUGGUCUAACCGGACCAAUUCCAUCAAGCAUUAGUGCCCUGGAAAAUUUAACUGACUUGAGAAUUAGUGACUUGAAUGGAACUGAUGCAACUUUUCCACCACUUAGUAGCAUGAAAAAUCUGAAGACACUGAUAUUGAGAAGUUGCAAUCUCAUUGGAGAGCUACCUAAAUAUUUAGAGGAUAUGACAAAAUUGAAGACCUUAGAUCUCAGCUUUAGCAAACUCAGUGGAGAAAUUCCAAGCAAUUUAUCUGGCCUUGGGGGUGUGAAUUACUUUGAUCUUUCCUACAACAAUUUCACAGCUGGAAGCCAAGGGACAUCAAGUUGUCAACAGCGGAGCGUGAAUUUGUUUGCAAGCACUUCGCGUAGCAAUACCUCGGGAUCUGUUUUUUGUUUGAGAAGCUUUCAUUGCCCAAAAUCUUGGUACUCUCUCCAUAUAAACUGUGGGGGAAGAGAUGUAACUAUUGGUGGAAAUACCACAUAUGAAGAUGAUACAGAUGGAGCUGGACCUUCAAGAUUUUUUCAAAGUACAAGUAAUUGGGCAUUUAGCAGCACUGGUCACUUCUUGGAUGAUGACCGUGAAACAAACACCUAUACUUGGACAAAUUCAUCUGAACUAUCCAUGGAUGAUUCCCAACUAUACAUGAACGCACGCCUUUCUCCCAUUUCUUUGACUUACUAUGGAUUCUGCCUGGGCAACGGAAACUACACUGUGAACCUCCAUUUCGUAGAGAUAAUGUUCACUAAUGACGAUACAUAUAACAGCUUGGGAAGGCGCAUAUUUGAUAUUUACCUUCAGGGCAAGCUGGUGCAGAAGGAUUUUACCAUUGAGGAAGAAGCUGGUGGAGUUGGCAAGGCAAUCAUAAAGAAAUUUACUGUAGUGGUAACUAAUAGUACCUUGGAGAUCCGUUUUCAUUGGGCUGGAAAAGGGACAACUGGUAUUCCUGUUAGAGGAGUUUAUGGUCCUCUUAUAUCAGCUAUAUCUGUGAAUCCUGAUUUUUUACCUCCAUCAGAAAAUGGGGGUAGAAGUGGUAUAUCUCUGGGUGCAGUAGUUGGAAUUGUAGCUCGACUAGCAUUUGCCAUAUUUCUCAUUGGGGGCAUACUUUGGUGGAAAGGCUGUUUAAGACAAAAGAGCACAUUGGAACAAGAUCUAAAAGGUCUCGACUUGCAGACUGGUUCUUUUAGCUUGGGGCAAAUCAAAACUGCUACAAAUAAUUUUGAUGUUGCUAACAAAAUUGGAGAAGGAGGCUUUGGUCCUUUUUACAAGGGCAUUCUGGCAGAUGGCACAGUAAUAGCGGUUAAGCAGUUAUCUGCUAAAUCAAAGCAAGGAAACCGUGAGUUUGUGAAUGAAAUUGGAAUGAUUUCUGCUCUGCAACACCCUCAUCUGGUAAAGCUAUUUGGUUUUUGUACAGAAGGAAAUCAACUGUUACUGAUAUAUGAGUACAUCGAAAACAACAGACUUGCUCGUGCAUUGUUUGGUCCGGAAGAAUGUCAAUUGAAAUUAGAUUGGCCAACAAGACAGAAAAUCUGCCUUGGAAUAGCAAGAGGUUUGGCAUAUCUCCAUGAAGAAUCUAGGUUGAAGAUUCUGCAUAGAGACAUCAAGGCCACAAAGUUGCUUAACAAGAAUUUAAACCCCAAAAUAUCAGAUUUUGGUUUGGCCAAGCUUGAUGAAGAGGAUAAUACUCAUAUUAGCACCCGAGUUGCCGGAACUUUUGGCUAUAUGGCUGCUGAAUAUGCAAUGCGUGGUUACUUAACUGAUAAAGCAGAUGUUUAUAGUUUUGGGAUAGUGGCAUUGGAAAUUGUUAGUGGGAGGAGCAACACCAGUUACCGUCCGAAGGAAGAAUGUUUUUAUGCUCUUGAUUGGGUUUUGAAGGAGCAAGGGAGUUUAUUGGAUUUAGUUGAUCCAAGGAUGGGCUCUGAUUACAACAAAGAAGAGGUGAUGGCAAUGAUCAAUGUUGCUCUCCUAUGUACUAAUGUUAAUGCGGCAGCUAGGCCUGCCAUGUCCUCUGUAGUUAGCAUGCUUGAAGGCAAGGCAGCUGUUCAGGAUUUUGUUACAGAUUCAAGCACUUUUCCCGACAAAUCGAACUCUCAGGCUAUGAAAAAGCUUUACCAGCAUCUUGAAGAAAAGAGUGCCCCUGAGAGCCAGACACACAGCACGUCAACAGUUGGAGCAUGGACUUCUUCUACAUCUGCUGCUGAUCUCUAUCCAGUCAGUUUAACUUCCGAUUAUUGGCAGAGUAGAGACUAA